AGAGGGAGAGGGGGGCUGCAAUAGGAAAGGAGGGAUGGGGAGAGUGGAGGGGAGGCAGCAAGAUCCAGGGAUGAGGGCAUGAAAAGGGCACCAGGAGGAUCCUUUGCACCAGCCAGGGGCUCUGCAGUGAAUGGUCUCCAGCAAGAAGGGCACUUUUGAGAUAGGAUGAUGCUCCUUAUUGAUGGUCGGUAGUACUAUGAUUUGGUAUGUGGCCACUUUGAUAGCAAGUGUAAUCACCACCAGAGGACUUGCAGCUCAAGGUGCCCACGGCUCAAGGGAGGAACCCGAGUUUGUGACAGCUCGUGCUGGUGAGAGCGUGAUCCUGGGAUGCGACGUGAUCCAUCCGCUGACCGGGCAGCCCCCUCCCUAUGUGGUGGAGUGGUUCAAAUUCGGAGUCCCCAUUCCCAUCUUCAUCAAGUUUGGGUUUUACCCUCCCCAUGUGGACCCAGAGUAUGCAGGCCGUGCCAGCCUUCAUGACAAGGCAUCCCUGCGCAUCGAGCAGAUUCGCUCUGAGGACCAGGGCUGGUACGAGUGCAAAGUGCUUAUGCUGGAUCAGCAGUACGACACCUUCCACAAUGGCAGCUGGGUGCACCUCACGGUCAAUGCUCCUCCCACCUUCACAGAAACACCCCCCCCGUAUGUAGAAGCGAAGGAGGGCAGCAGCGUCACCCUGACCUGCAUGGCUUUCGGGAACCCCAAACCUAUUGUCACCUGGCUGAGAGAAGGGAACCUCUUAAGUGCCAGUGAGAAAUACCAGGUGAGCGAUGGGAGUUUGACUGUCAUGUCGGUCAGUCGGGAAGACAGAGGCGCGUACACUUGCCGGGCUUACAGCAUCCAAGGGGAGGCUAUGCACACCACUCGCCUGCUUGUACAAGGACCCCCCUUCAUCGUUUCCCCUCCAGAGAACAUCACUGUCAACAUCUCCCAGGAUGCCCUGUUCACCUGCCAGGCCGAGGCGUAUCCGGGGAACAUGACCUACACCUGGUACUGGGAGGAGGAGAACGUCUACUUCAAGAAUGACCUGAAACUGAGGGUCCGGAUCCUGAUUGACGGGACGCUGAUCAUCUUCCGUGUCAAAUCAGACGAUGCUGGGAAAUACACUUGCAUUCCUAGCAACAGCCUUGGCCGCUCACCGUCAGCCUCCGCCUACCUGACGGUGCAGUAUCCCGCCCGUGUGGUGAACAUGCCACCCAUCCUAUAUGUUCCCAUUGGGAUACAUGGCUACAUCCGCUGUCCGGUGGAGGCAGAACCGCCAGUCACCUUUGUCAAAUGGAAUAAAGAUGGACGCCCCCUGCGAUUCGAAAAGUAUUCUGGCUGGAACCUGCUGGAAGACGGGUCAAUCCGAAUAGAGGAAGUAACAGAGGAAGCUCUCGGCACUUAUACCUGUGUGCCUUAUAAUGCCCUGGGUACGAUGGGCCAGUCCCCCCCUGCCCGACUGGUACUGAAGGACCCACCCUAUUUCACGGUGCUACCAGGCUGGGAGUACAGACAAGAGGCAGGGAGGGAGCUGUUGAUCCCUUGUGCUGCUGCAGGAGACCCCUUUCCUGUCAUCGCCUGGAGAAAGGUAGGGAAGCCCAGUAGAAGCAAGCACAACACCCUUCCAGGUGGCAGCCUGCAGUUCCGAUCCCUCAGCAAGGACGACCAUGGGGAGUGGGAGUGCAUCGCUACCAACGUAGUCACAAGCAUUACUGCCAGCACUCACCUUACUGUCAUAGGCACAAGCCCUCAUGCCCCGGGCAGUGUGCAUGUCAUGGUCUCCAUGACCUCCGCCAACGUCUCCUGGGAGCCUGGCUAUGAUGGUGGAUACGAGCAGACAUUCUCAGUUUGGUACGGCCCUCUGAUGAAGAGAGCACAGUUUGGACCCCAUGACUGGCUGUCUCUUCCGGUACCAACUGGUCCCAGUUGGUUGCUGGUGGACACCCUGGAACCAGAGACCGCCUACCAGUUCAGUGUCUUGGCUCAGAACAAACUGGGUACAAGCGCCUUCAGUGAGGUGGUCACUGUGAACACGCUAGCAUUCCCUGUAACAACUCCAGAGCCACUGGUGCUGGUUACCCCACCGAGGUGCCUAACAGCCAAUCGGACGCAGCAAGGAGUCCUGUUGUCUUGGCUUCCUCCAGCCAAUCACACCUUUCCAAUUGACCAUUACAUCAUGGAGUUCCGCGUAGCGGAGAGGUGGGAGAUAUUGGAUGAUGCCAUCUUGGGGAGUGACAAUGACUUUUUCGCCAAGGAUUUGUCUCAGGACACCUGGUAUGAGUUCCGUGUUCUGGCUGUCAUGCAGGACCUCAUCAGUGAGCCUAGUAACAUUGCAGGUGUCUCCAGUACAGACAUAUUCCCUCCGCCUGACUUGACAGAUGAUGGUUUGGCCCGACCCGUGCUGGCGGGCAUUGUUGCCACCAUCUGCUUUCUGGCUGCUGCCAUCCUCUUCAGCACACUAACUGCCUGCUUUGUCAACAAACAACGCAAACGCAAGCUCAAGCGCAAGAAAGACCCUCCUCUCUCGAUAACCCACUGCAGGAAGAGUCUGGAGUCUCCGUUGUCUUCCGGUAAAGUGAGUCCCGAGAGCAUCCGCACACUCCGUCCCCCCUCGGAGUCCUCUGAUGACCAAGGCCAGCAGGGCAAGCGUAUGCUGAGCCCCAGCAAGGAGAAGGAGUUGUCCCUUUACAAGAAGACCAAGAGGGCCAUUAGCAGCAAGAAGUACAGUGUCUCCAAGGCUGAGGCUGAAGCCGAGGCUACUACCCCGAUUGAGCUCAUCAGCCGUGGGCCUGAUGGCCGCUUUGUCAUGGACCCCUCAGAGAUGGAGCCCUCGCUCAAGACCCGCCGGAUAGAGGGCUUCCCCUUUGUGGAGGAGACAGACAUGUACCCUGAAUUUCGCCAGUCAGACGAAGAGAAUGAUGACCCCAUUGUGCCCUCAUCUGUGGCAGCCCUCAAAUCUCAGCUGACCCCUCUCUCUUCCAGCCAGGAAUCUUACCUUCAGCCACCAGCAUACAGCCCCAGAUUCCACAGGGGCUUAGAGGGCACAGGUGCUCUGGAGAGCCGCCUGCAGGCCACUGGUCAGGCCAGACCGCCAGCCCCGAGGCCUUUCCACCACAGCCAAUUUUACGGUUACCUCAGCAGCAGCAGUCCUGGGGAGAUGGACCCUCCGCCCUUCUACAUGUCAGAGGUCAGCCCUCUCAGCUCUGUCAUGUCGUCCCCUCCUCUGCACCCUGAGGGGCCCUUUGGACACCCCACCAUCCCCGAGGAGAAUGGAGAAAAUGCUUCCAACAGCACGUUGCCCCUGACUCAGACGCCAACGGGGGGCCAGUCUCCUGAGCCAUGGGGUAGGGCUGAGUUCCCUUUCAGCAGCCUGGAGGCUUCUCCCAUGAUAUUCCCUCAACAGCUCCACCAAUGCGAGGUGGCAGAGUGUGUGCAGCUGACGGCCUGUCUUCCUAGGGGCCUGCCCCCUUCUUCCCUCCAGGUCCCUGCAUCCUACCCUGGCAUUCUGCCCUUGGAGGCACCAAAGAGUUGGACUGGCAAGCCACCUGGCAGAAGCCAACCCUCUGUGCCCACCACCACCAAAUGGCAGGACAAACCUAUGCAACCUAUGGCGAGUCAAGGGCAGCUAAGACAUACCAGUCAAGGUAUGGGCAUACCCGUGUUGCCUUACCAUGAACCAUCCGAGUCAGUCAGCCACAGUGGCACAAGCACAUUUGGCCUGGACACUAGGUGGUAUGAGCCCCAACCCAGACCUCGGCCUAGCCCUCGGCAAGUCAGGAGGGCUGAGCCCAGUUUACAUCAGGUGGUGCUACAACCUUCGAGGCUUUCCCCUCUGACCCAAAGCCCCCUCAGCUCCCGCAACAGCUCCCCCGAGCUGACUGCACGUGCCAGACCGCGACCGGGUCUCAUCCAGCAAGCGGAGAUUUCGGAGAUCACACUGCAGCCCCCCGCGGCAGUCAGCUUCUCCCGCAAGUCCACCCCGUCGACUGGCUCCCCAGCUCAAAGCAGCAGGGGAGAAAGCCCCAGCUACCGACCUGCCAUGGCCUUCACCUCUUUGGCCACUGGCUAUCCCUCCUCUCAGUGCCCCUCCCUUCCCGGGGACAGUAUGGAUGUUUUUGGACAAAUUCCCUCUCCAAGGAGGGCUGGGGAGGAAAUUCUCAGACCUGAGCCUACACAGACAACAUUAUCCACUUCGGGAGAACAUCCAUCUCCAUCCGGGAAUGCUGCUGCACCUGAGAGGCUCGAAGCUCUGAAAUACCAGCGGAUAAAGAAGCCCAAAAAGUCAUCCAAGGGCUCCUCAAAAUCCAGAAAACAAUCCAAUGGUUCUGCCUCCCAGGUUCAGCAACUUCCCAACUCUCAGGUACUGUGGCCUGACGAAGCGGUCUCCCUCCGCAAGAAGAAGAGACACUCUCGUCAGGAUCCCUUCGCUCGCCUCUCUGCGUUGAAGGAUGACCUUUGCCACCGGCAGCUCCCUGAGGACCAGACAGCUAUUCUCAACAGCGUGGACCACGAUGAUUCUGGCGGGCAUGCCACCUUACUUUAGCAUAGCGCCAGCGAGAGAAGGUUCAAAGAGAGGGGGAAGGAGGGAGAGAGAUCAUGAGCUACAGACACAUGUGGGGAGAGACAAGGUGUGAGCUUCAGCCUGGGUUCUCAUACCAACAAGCUGAAUGUUUGGUAUCACAUCCAGGGAACCCAGCAUCCAGGCUUUGACCACUGGGAGAGGCUCUCCCCUUCAUAGGACACCUUCCAUUUAGUGCAGAUCAUGAGGGCAGUGGGGGGGUGGCAGGGAGGAAUAUCCCAAAUUACAGGGAUGGAGGGGAAAAUACCCCCGCCUCUCACACCCCCUGCCAUUUGGAACAGGAAAAGGUGAGGUUGGGAUUUGCAGGGCUCAGAGUGAGAAGGAUUCAAACUCAGUGUUGUCAUAAGAAUCUGUUGUCCCUUGAAUCCCCCCCUCUCCGCUACGGCUUCAGUUUUAUGAGUGCUAGAAGAGGGAUGAGAUUGUACAUCCUGGUUUCCAAAAGUAUGUAUAGCUUAAAAAAAUAUGCAGAUUACAAUGUAUAUUUAUACAGUGUGUAUUUAGGUAGGAACAUGGAAGUAAGCAAAUGGCCUGAAUUCACAGGAAUCAUUUGGAUUCCACAGAAAACAAUGAAGUGACACAGAACAAUCCAGAUUGGAACUGAUGACCCAGUUAAUCUGAUAAUUUUGUAAUGUAUUAUUCUAAAAUAAUCCCAGAAAACUUUACCAGUGCAAAUCUCAUUGGCUCUCCACCUUUUUACCUGAGGAUGAUGGGUAACAAAAACACAAAUGAUCUUUUACUUCUGUCCAACCCCCACCCCCCUCAAACUCCAGAAUAAGUAGAUGUGUGGAAUCGUGCAAGGUCCCGUACAUGCACACUCUCAAAACUUGUUAAUUUAUGGUACCAUCUCUUCGCAAACCUGCAAAGAUCGGGGUGGAAGGCGGAAUUUAAAUCGAAGGAUCUUCUGUCUCAAACUAGACUUUGUCAACUUUGAGGAGGGGGUAUAGAUUGCCAAUUUAUUAUUAUUCUUAGUAAUGUUCUGUACUUCACUUUGUAAAAUUAAUGAAGUCUUAGAAUACAAGAUCUCACUAUAGGAGUGUUUGCAUUUUUUAACCUUUGUUGCAAAGUGAGGAGAGAGAACUGAUUUUUUUUUUUUUUUUCCCCCCCGUGUAGUGUGUGAAUGGAAAUGGUUCAACUGGUGUACCCCC